AACUUUAAAUGUCACUUAUGAACUUGUUUUCCCUGUUUUUAUUAGGGAAGUCAUUUUCCUCAUUUUUAAGAAACUUGUUUUCCUAGAGAAAAUGUUUUCCAAGACAUUUUGACCAACCAAACAUGGGAAAAGUGGAAAACAUUUUCCAUUUUUCCUUCGUACCAAACACACCCAUAGUUAUCUGAUUUAUUUACAUCAUGAAAUGAUGAUUCCUAGCAAGUCAUCAGUUGUUCCUUUACACCAGCAAUUCUUCUAAAAAAAUUUUUUUUGGCUAAAUGCGUAGGAUUAAUAUUUAGUUUUUAUCAGUAAUUAGUUUGGUAAAUUUUCACUAGAUGACCUCAUGUAUAUUUACUCAAAAGUCCAUAGUGUUUACACAAUUGACGUUAUUUUGGUCAAUUUUCUUAAAGUUUAGCACUCCCAUAACCAAUAAUUCCAAAAGCCUAUUCUAACAAUCACUUAAGUUGGUCAAUGAAGUCCAUGUUCUCGUUUUUGUGACUUGAAAUGAUAUAUACAGUCGGUAACUGUGUGCAAGUGGCUCAUCUAUUUCCCAUAAAAAGCCCAAUGGCUCUGGAAAAUCUUUUACUAUUAUAAAUAUUUUCUGUGAAUGCAUGGUUGAAGCAGGUUACUGUUCUAACCAGGAACAUCGCACUGGUAGCAAAGGUUGCAAAGAACAUGUGCCAUUUGCCUUGGGAGUAUGAAACCAGGAAAUGGUCAGGCCAUAUUCACUGCUGAAUGCUCCCACUCAUUUCACUUCAGCUGCAUUGCCAACAGUGUUAAGCAUGGAAACUACCUCUGCCCCAUCUGCAGAUGCAAAUGGAAAGAGAUUCCUCUCAUGUCGUCCUUCAGUACUGAUGCAAACAUUAAUAAUGCAGGGCGGACUCGUGUCUCUCCCCUUGAAGAUAAUUACCUUGACAAUAUUCCUCGUGUUCCACCACCCGUGUCUCUGCCCCUUCCUGAGCCCCUUCACUUCUCUGAUGAUGAACCUCUUCCCAGCAUCACUGUGGAUCAGACCUCCUCCCCUUCCAAUGUUCAUCCAGGGAGCGUAGUCUUGAAAGCUUUUCCAGAAUAUUCUGCAGUUGCUGCUUCUAAUACUGUGUCAAGAUUUGCUGUACUUGUUGGAGUAAGGGCACCCCCACUUGCUGACAAUGCUCGGCACAGAGAGCGCGCACCUAUUGACCUGGUCACAGUUCUAGAUAUUAGUGGCAGCAUGGCUGGAUCAAAAUUGACUCUCCUGAAGCAAGCCGUUUGUUUUGUCAUAGAUAACUUGGGGCCUUCUGACCGUCUAGCUAUUGUUACCUUUUCAUCCGGAGCUCAAAGAAACUUUCCCUUGCGAAGGAUGACAGAGCAAGGGCGUAGAGAGGCUGCACAGGCUGUCAAUGCCAUUUCAGCGAAUGGUGGGACAAAUAUUGUGGAAGGACUAAAGAAGGGGGUUCGAGUUCUUGAAGAAAGACACGAAAGGAACCCAGUUGCAAGCAUUGUUCUCUUGUCAGAUGGGAGAGACACUUAUAACGGGGAUAAUGCCAACCAACGGCGGAGUCAUCGGGACCGCAGAUCCUCAAAUGCAACCUCAGGUCCCGACUUUCUGAAUCUAUUGCCUUCUGCCAUUUGUCCUCGCAAUAGAGAAGCAGUAGCAGCAGACCAGCUGCCAACUUUCCAUGUACAUACGUUUGGGUUUGGUGUAGACCAUGAUUCCUCUGCUAUGCAUGCUAUCUCAGAUGCAUCAGGUGGUACAUUUUCAUUCAUUGAGACUGUUGGAACUAUUCAAGAUGCCUUUGCAAUGUGUAUUGGUGGUCUACUCAGUGUGGUGGCCCAGGAACUAAAGCUUACUGUUAGGUCAGCAUCUCAUGGAGUGGAUAUUGGAUCCAUUCCAUCAGGAAGAUAUGCAAGUGAAAUAUCUGAACACGGAAAGCAAGGUGUAAUAAACAUUAGGAACCUCUAUGCAGAUGAGGAAAAAGAAUUCCUCGUCUACUUGUCUGUUCCCUCGGCUGAAAUUAAUGAAAGUGCAACAAAGACAUCUCUGUUGCAAAUUACAUGCAGUUACAAGAAUAACUCAUCUGAAGAAAUGGUCAGCGUAGAGGGUGAGACAGUUGAGAUACGUCGGCCGCCUGUGCUGUCUCCUACAGAUGUUGUAAUAAGUCGCGAGGUGGAUAGGCAGAUAAACAGGCUGGCAGUAGCAGAAGCCAUUGCAGAGGCACAACAGAUGGCAGAAAUGGGAAAUCUUGAGGGUGCUCAAGCCGUGCUAGCUAACAGAAGAGCCUCUCUUCUGUCUUCUGUAUCUGCCCAAGCAGGUGAUGCUCUUUGUAGCUGGCUUGACACUGAACUGACUGAAAUCAGAGACAGGAUGGCAAGCAGGGAACGCUAUGAACAAACAGGAAGAGCGUAUGUCCUCUCGGGUUUGAGCUCACAUUCUUGGCAAAGAGCCACAACUAGAGGAGACACAACAACACAAAUAAUACUGCAAGGUGGUAGCUCUAGCAAUAGUGGAGCUCUCGGCUAUGAAACUCCAUCUAUGGUCAACAUGAUCUCAAAGUCACAGAACCUAAGUCUUGUUAAUAAUCGUGUUGAACAAGUUCCGCGCCCCAACAAGACAUGCAACUUAACUCCCAAAUCUUAGUAAACAUUUCUAACCUCAUUUGUUCUCAGUGUGAUAGGAAAUGCCGCAACAACACUCUUCUAGUGAUAAAAUUCUGUGGCAUUUGACUGCUAUACUUUCUUUGGUACUUUUGUUCCAUUUGUUUUUUUCUCUCUUAGUUCUCCAUAGCUGGAUCAUUUGCAAAUGAGAUUCUUUUAGUUUGCCAUCUCUACAGAUUGUAAUAGUAUGUUAGAGGUAACCGCUUGUCUGCUGACCUUCCUUUCUUUUAACAACGUGCCUUUAUUA